AUGCGCUCAAAACUGUCGACUGUCUACCAGUCACGACAGAGCCGAUCCCUGCGGCUCAACAUCAAGCAGCUACGGAACCCGCAAGCUGCCGAAGUCUACGCACAACAGCUUGAAGCGGCACUACCCUUGGCAGAGGAGCUCGGCGCAGCUUCUCUCGAGGAUGGCUGGACCAUGAUCCGCAUGGCCAUUAGGGAAUCCGCGACAACGACACUAGGGACAGAGGCGCCGAAUGGCAGAAACGACUGGUAUGAUGGGGGAUGCCAGGCAGCGGUGUCAGAGAAAAACCGGACCUGGGUAAAUCACCUGAGGGUAAGGACGAGAGAGAACCUGGUCAAAUACAGACGGGCAAGGAACGACAUGACCACGAUCCUGAGACGUAAAAAGCGCCAGCAAGAGGAUCGUGACCAUGAAGAGCUAGAAGAGCUGUUCACUGCUAAUGAGACGCGAAAGUUCUACGAAAAGGUUAACCAAUCCCGUAAAGGCUAUGUGCCGCGAGCCGACUUUUGCAAGGAUAUGGAAGGUAAUCUCAUCACGAACGACAGCGAGGUGGUCGACAGGUGGAAGCAGCACUUCGAUGAACAUCUGAAUGGCGAUGCAACAAACGGAAGUGGAACUGGAACGGACCUGGGAGUGCCAGCAGUAGAUGACCGGGUAUUAGCCCCCGAUCUCCACGAAAUUCAGCGGGAGAUUGGGAGGCUGAAGAACAACAAAGCCACCGGCAAAGACGGCCUGCCGGGCGAGCUCUACAAACAUGGUAAAGUAACGCUUGCUAGAGCACUACACUGGGUCAUUUCCAAGAUCUGGGAAGAGGAAAAACUGCCGGAAGAGUGGAUGGAGGGAGUCGUCUGCCCCAUCUAUAAGAAGGGCGACAAGCUGGAGUGCUGCAAUUAUCGUGGCAUUACGCUUGUCAACGCUGCAUAUAAAAUACUCUCCCAAGUUCUAUUCCAACGUCUAACACCUUUAACAAGGAGGUUCGUGGGGCAGUACCAGGCGGGUUUCAUGGGAGCCCGCGCAACCACGGACCAAAUUUUUUCAAUCCGACAGAUUUUACGAAAAUUUCGUGAGUACAAUGUGUCCACGCAUCACAUUUUUAUCGACUUCAAGGCAGCCUAUGAUACAGUUGAUCGAGAACAACUAUGGCAGAUCAUGCACGAGAACGAGGAUAUCUUCCCGGAUAAACUGACGCGGCUGAUCAAGGCUACCAUGAACCGUGUUAUGUGUUACGUGCGUGUCUCGGGGAUGCUCUCGAGUCCCUUCGAGUCAUGCCGAGGAUUGAGACAAUGUGAUGGACUCUCUUGUUUGCUUUUUAACAUCGCCCUCGAAGGUGUUAUACGAAGAGCGGGCAUCGACACGAGUGGUACGAUUUUUACGAAACGGGUUCAGCUUAACGGCUUCGCUGAUGACUUCGACAUAAUAGCACGAAACUUUGCGACGGUGGAGGAAACCUACACCAGACUGAAAGCGGAAGCUAAGCGCAUUGGACUGCUGAUCAAUGCGUCGAAAACUGAGUAUAUGAAGGGAAGAGGCUCCAAGGAGAACAAUGUCAGCCUCCCACCCCGGAUCACCGUAGACGGCGAUGAGCUUGAGGUGGUAGACGAGUUCGUGUACUUAGGAUCGCUGGUAACCGCUGACAACAACACCAGCAAGGAGAUCCGGAGACGCAAUCAAGCGGGAAAUCGUGCCUACUUUGCAUUUCGUAAGACGAUGAGAUCCAAUCGAGUGCGCCGCCGUACAAAGUUGAAACUGUACAAAACACUAGUUAGACCGGUAGUCCUCUAUGGGCUAGAGACGACAACACUGCUCUCAGAGGACCUCAACGCCCUUGGAGUUUUCGAACGGAAGGUGCUGCGAACCAUCUACGGUGGAGUACAGACUGAAGACGGAGAAUGGCGUAGACGCAUGAACCAUGAGCUGCACGCGCUGCUAGGAGAGAUCCCCAUUGCACAUCUGAUCAAAGUUUACAGAUUGCGAUGGGCCGGACACGUCGCAAGGAUGCCGGACGACAACCCGGUUAAAACGACCCUUUUCAGUAACCCCUCCGGCACCAGAAAUUGAGAAGCACAGCGUACACGAUGGCUUGAUCAGAUUGAAAGUGACCUAUGAGUGAUAAGACGCCUGGGAGCAUGGCGCCAUACAGCCCAGAACCGAGUUGAAUGGAGACGACUUCUUGAUACAGCACGAGCCACCCCGGCUCUAGCCUGCUAGGUAAGGUAGGUAAGGUAACCUUUAUAUUAGAACAUUUUGUUUGAAAGAAUCCGUUGAACAGAAUUUUAUUCAGAGAUUUUUCGAAAAUUGCUUCUCCUGAGAAAUUUGCUCGAUGGCACAUAGACCACUCUGUUCCGCAACGGCUCAAAUGCAUGUGAGUAUGUUUUACAUUAUUCUUUAUUAAAGUAUGAAGAAUAUAACUGUAUUCGACACAAUAGUAAGUUUAUAUCACGUGUAUUCCAUCAAUUUGUAAUGCUCCACUUCUAUUUAUUAUUAGGAAGAAAUAAAAUCAUAAAUGACGUGAACCACGAAAAACAUGGCGCGAACCAGGAUCAAAAUUUCGAUUGCAAUAAAAUUCAUAUCAAUAAUAUUUACUAGACACCAGGUUUUUAGUUUUUUAGUUGAGAAAAAUCUUGCAUUCAGUCCUAGGGUCCCUUGGAAAAAACAAUAAGACGGUGCGUAUGAUCAAUCAACGUACUUGUUUCAGGAAACACACGUUUGAAAGUUUGUGGUCUAAUAAGCUUCUGCACUGGUUAGUGGAACAAAAUGGACACAACUGUGCUAGAUGAUUUGUGAGCUGACAGCUUUUGACAUCAAAUACUUAAAAUUUUGAGUUGUGUUAGUGUUUCCUUCAACCGAUGAUAUAGAGGUGUAUUUACUGGUCCACAAUGUACUUUGUUUGGAGAUAAACACUCUGGCGAUACACUACGGUUUCCAAAGAAUCCGAUAGUAACAAAGCUACGCAUGGACUUUUGCUGUCUUUUAGCAGAUUAUUUUACUACCGAAAACACCAGACUUUGCAGUGUAAGUAAACUAGAAAAUAAUUGCAAGUGAUGAAUAAAAUGUUUUUUGUCAUUUUGAAUAGGUGUUCAUUACGAGCGGGAUCUGUACGUGGCCGCAGCCAACGGGAAGCUGAGACCUAUACCUGGUGUGCUUCAAGAUUUCCAAUGCCAAACUCAAGUGAAAGAAACCAGUACGAGAGCACCCGAAACAAAUCAAAAAACCUUAGCGGUUGCUGUAAUUGUACAUAGCUUUAUCAUAAUUUGACUAUGUUUUCUAUUGUAAAUACAUCAAUUUUACAUUAUAUAUCAUUGUUUAGAACAAUAAAAAACACUCUGUUUGUCAUUUUUACGAUGAAAAGAGGGGUUGUGAUGUAUCUUCACAGCCAUUUUUAUGCAUUCAGAAGUCACUGACAAUGUUUUUCAUGGUAAAAUUGUUGCGGGUGGUAGGUUCAACAACAAAAGACGUUAGGACUGAUACUGCUGCUGCUAGGACUACUGCUGCUGCUGGGACUAUUGCUACUGCUGCUGGGACUGCUGCCGAUGAUGAAUUGUUGCCUCCAAGCUGUUCUGUGGAAACUCUUCACAACAUUACAGUAUGGUCCAACGAUCAACUAGAAGGUUCAGAACGGUUCAAAGGGAUCGGUAGACUUGCUUCAGCGGGAAAGCUUAGACUGAUACGAACGAUUCAGCGAUUGCGACAUCGAUCGGGCGAGCAAACCUACACCAUUGAAAUGCUGCGCACAUAUACAUAAACGAAAACAAAUAAAAUAAAUUAAAUUAUAAUUCAAUAUAUUGUACGC